UUAGUGCUUCGACUCGACGUCUUCUGGUGGGAGGCUGUGACGGUGUAUUCCAUUAUCCUCUGUUUUUUUUUUGUUUCUUGGCAGCCCCGUGUCAUAUAUGAAUGCAGUGACGGAAAGGAAGUCUUGGGCAUGCUGGUCGAAUUAAGAGAGAGAGUAAGCCACCAGCAGUGGCGAAGGAUUGCUAGGAGAGAGAGACGACGCAGAGUCCGCCAACAGCUUGCUCAGGAACUUGAUGCAAGACUUCAAGAAGAGCAAGCAGCCCUUUUAGCCGAUCCAGCAUAUGUGGCAGAGUUAGAGAGAAUAGAAAGUCUAGAAGAAGAGGCCCAGAGAUUAGAACAGCUAGCAGCGGCACAGGCAAAGAGAGAAUGGGAGUUGAGAGAUGCUGCCCUGCACUCAAAGUUCCUGAGGGAGAAGCAGAAAUGUUGCCAACAGGAAGAGGAGCGGGUCAAGCAAGAGGAACUCAUAAAAAAAGAAUGGGAAGAGAAGCAGCAAAAGGAGAAGGAAGAAGAGGAGAAGAAGCAAGAACAACAGAAUGCCCUGCUCCAGGCAGUCGUAGGAGGUCUUGGCGAGGCUGAGAAUGGGGAAGUGACCCAAAAUCCUGAACCCCCAGAGGGCUAUGGCAGAAGGGAGGUUGUGCGCCCUAAGGGAGAACCUUGUCCGUUCUUCACAAAGACUGGUUCUUGCAGAUUUGGAAUUCAGUGCUCCAGAGCUCAUGACUAUCCAGAUCAGAGUCGGACGUUGCUUUUCCCCAACAUGUAUUCGCACUUCGGACUGGAACAUUUAUCAUUGGACAUUCACGAUUCAGAUGUAGCACUUGAGUACUCAGACUCAGAGAGCUACCAGCACUUCAAGGAUUUCUUUGAAGACACACUACCAGAAUUCCAAAGAUGUGGAACUGUCCUGCAGUUCAAGGUGUGCUGCAACACCAGUCCUCACCUCAGGGGAAAUGUCUAUGUCCAGUACUCUAGCAUAGAGGCUGCCAUGAAGGCUAGGACUCUCUUCAAUGGGCGGUGGUAUGCUGGCCGACAGCUCACUUGUCUCUAUAUUAAUCUUGAAAGAUGGAAACAAGCUGUUUGUGGAUUGUUUUGGCGACAGAAGUGUCCAAAAGGUGGUCAGUGUAACUUCCUACAUGCUUACCGCAAUCCAGGCAAUGCCUUCUGGAGAGCUGAUCAGGAUCUUCAUCUAGAGAGCCCAAGAGACUCUGCUGAAGGCCUCCGCUCCACUCCGACGCCCAGACAUAAUUACAACAGGCAUCAAGAGACAAGCAAGACACAUUCAAGCUCUAUCAAGAAUGCAAGAAAUCAUUACAGGUCCGAGUCAAGAAAUAGAUCAUUAGCAGAGGGAAAAUAUGCAAGAGAAUCAUUUGGAAAAGAACACAGAAGUAGAAAGUCAAAAAAAGACAAAUCACAUGGUAAUAGAAUUAAAGAUUUGAAAGGUGUGUCCGUAGAACCAAGCGAUAUGUUGAGGUCAAGGAGCAGGUCAGCAGAAUCAAAGAAAAGGACCAGUAGGUCAGAGAGCAGGUCAGCAGAGCAAAGAAGCAGAUCAAGAAGGUCAAGGAGCAGGUCAGCAGAGCAAAGAAGCAGAUCAAGAAGGUCAAGGAGCAGGUCAGCAGAGCAAAGAAGCAGAUCAAGAAGGUCAAGGAGCAGGUCAGCAGAGCAAAGAAGCAGAUCAAAAAGGUCAAGGAGCAGGUCAGCAGAGCAAAGAAGCAGAUCAAGACGGUCAAGGAGUAAGUCAGCAGAGCAAAGAAGCAGAUCAAGAAGGUCAAGGAGCAGGUCAGCAGAACAAAGAAGUAUAUUGAGAAGGUCAGGGAGCUGGUCAGCAGAAGACAGAAAAAAAUCAAGAUCAAGAAGUAGGUCAAUAGAAAAAAGGAAAAGAUCAAGAAGGUCAAGGAGCAGGUCAGCAGAUGAAAGAAAAAGAUCAAGAAGGUCAAAGAGUGGGUCAGCAGAUGAAAGGAAAAGAUCAAGAAGGUCAAGGAGCAGGUCAGCAGAUGAAAGAAAAAGAUCCACAAGGUCAAAGAGUGGGUCAGCAGAACAAAGAACAGUUUAGGUCAGUAAGUGAGAGAAAGGAAGCAAAUAGCAGCACUUAGACAUGGAAAAGCAAGAGUACAGAGUGAAGUUACAAUUCAAGACAAAGAUCUAGGAGGUUGAAAAGCUACUGACAAGAAGACAAUGGUUACAAGAAUUCACAAAUUUAUUAGUAUGAUGAUGAUGAUAACAACUAUCAUCAACAUCACAACUGUUAUUAUGUAUUUUUUUAUUAUUAUUAUAAAUUACUAUUAUUAUUAUUAUUGAUUUAUCAUGUUGUGUAAACACUAAAAUUUAUCUUUUUUACUAGUGUUAUAUGGUGUAACUAAAGAAAUAUAUUGAAUUUAUAAAACAAUGUCUAUAAAUACCUCUGUGGAUUCAAAAUGUGACCAGCUAUUAACCAUUGGGUCCAGAUGCGUCGCUGCCCACAUGUGCCUACUUGAGUGGUGGUGCUGCUGCUGGUGUUGCUGAUUUUGCUGCUAGUGCUGCUUGUUCUAGUGGUGGUGAUGCUGGUGGUGGUGCUGGUGCCACUGCAGUACAUAGGCCUUCCCAAUCUCUGAAAUUGGUUACCAUUUCAUGCCACCUCGUUUUUAGUCUGGCUCCUGGCCUCCUCGUGUUCGUUAUAUCCCAGUCUGUCACUUUCUUUGUCCAUCUGUCAUUGUGUCUCGUGACAUGUAUGUCCUGCCUAUUGCCAUUUCUUCUUUUUAAUGUUAUUAACUUUGGUCUGUUCCCUGAUCCAUGUUACCCUCAUCCUAUUUCUCAGGCUGAUUCCCAACAUCAAUCUUUCCAUUCCCCUUUGGUCACCUACCAAUUUCCUUUCUAUUAUCUUGGCCACAGUUUCUGACCCAUUUGUCAUGACUGGGAGGAUGCAUUAAUUAAAGGCUUUCCUUUUUAAACUUAACGGUAAGGAGCCUCUUAACCCAAUGAGCAGGCUUUUUUACUGUCCCCUUUAGAUUUUAGUGAGUUUUGUUGCAUACACAUGGCUCUACGUAAGCUCAGCAGCGAGGAGUCUAUCAGUUGGCCCUAGUUACCGAUCCUGAUUUCCCCAUUCCUUGAAUUGGCGGGAAAAUGCGUUUUUCUUUCCAAUAGUAUUCAUUUUGACAAUGUUAUCA